GAUGGCGUAAAAUUGUGCAUUUUCAUCAAAAUUUGGUCACGUGACAUUUCUUUGUGAAGUGUAUCUCGAGAACCAAAACAGAGAACCUGCCAACAUGCCCAGGGAAAUUAAGGAAAUCAAGCAAUUCCUGCUGAUUGCCAGAAAUCAAAAGGAUGCUAAAUCCGUCACCAUUAAGAGGAACAAGGACAACACAAAGAUGAAGAUCCGUUGCAGCAGGUUUCUCUACACCCUUGUUAUCACUGACAAGGAAAAGGCUGAGAAAGUCAGACAGUCUUUGCCACCUGGUCUUCAAGUGAAGGACAUCCAGAAGUCCAAACGUAGCUAGGUGAUUUUCUUUAAAUAAAUAAAUUAAAAAAUCCAAAAA